CAUAAACAUCGAACGUGUUUUUAAAAUUUAACUCAAGGCGGGAGCAACAGCACCCCCAUGCACACUAGGUGAAUUGUGGAAUUCCCCCAAAGCGUAAUAGACGUUUAUCAAAAUGCUGCAGCAUACGAUGACCAAGCGUAAAACGCUUAUCAUUGCCUGCUUUGGCAUUGCAUUGGGCCUCUGCAUUGGCACCGUUCUCAAGAACUAUCGAGCCCUGGAGAUUGUGAAACGCUGCAGUAUGCGUCCAACAAAUCUGAAGACACCCAACGAGAUUAUUGGCCUCAAUGAUGAGGAUACCAUACAGAAUUCGCAGCGUAAUCUAGUUUUUGUGGGCGUUAUGACCGCCAAGAAUUUUAUCGAGGGUCGGGCACGAGCUGUGUAUGACACAUGGGGCAAAGAGGUGCCGGGACGGAUUGCGUUCUUUAGCUCCGAGGGCAGUUACUCGGAGGAAUUGCCCGUGGUGGGACUGAAGAAUGUAGAUGAUCGUUAUCCGCCGCAGAAGAAAUCGUUUAUGAUGUUGUACUACAUGUAUGAGCAUUAUAUUGAUCGCUUUGAAUGGUUCAUACGCGCCGAUGACGAUGUCUACAUGGAACCGGACAAGCUGGAACGUUUCCUGCGCUCCAUAGACAGCUCGAAGCCACAGUUCAUUGGACAGGCGGGCAAGGGCAAUAGCGAGGAAUUCGGCCUAUUGUCCCUUGAGUUCGAUGAGAACUUCUGCAUGGGCGGUCCUGGCGUCAUACUCAGCAGCGAGACUUUGCGUCGUGUUGCUCCCCAUAUUCCAACGUGCCUCAAGAAUCUUUACAGCACUCACGAGGAUGUCGAGGUGGGACGUUGUGUGCAAAAGUUUGCCGGCAUACCAUGCACCUGGAACUAUGAGAUGCAGUACAUAUUGCGGCACAAUUCGAGCGGUCGCAACGCCUACACUGGCAAGCUGAAACGCAAGGAGAUCCACAAUGCCAUCACACUGCAUCCAAUCAAGCAGGCACCUUUGAUGUACCGCCUGCAUUCCUACAUACAGGGCCUCAAGGCCGAGGAGCUGCGUCAGGAGUCGCUGCUACUGCACAGGGACAUUAAGCGCAUGGCCAAAUACCUGGAAGUGCCCGAUGAAAGCACAUACAUGCUGCCCAGCGUCUCUCCGGCUUCCGUGUCAGACACUGACAGUGGCAAACGACACUUUGAGGAUCACAAUAUUUUGGGUAUCAGCCCUGAGCUAAAUAAGUUUGUGCCGGAAAGCACUGCGGAUCUACUGGAUUGGUCCUUUAUAGCUCGCAGUCUGUACUCAGCCGGCUCGGCGAAUCCCAAGCAGAAAAUUGACUCGGCAAUGCGCGAGGGUCUCGAGGAUGUGAUAACCGAAGUGAUGGAAAAUAUUAACUAUUAUUCGCGGCAACGUGGACGCGUUAUUGAGUUCCGUGAGCUGCUUUAUGGUUACCAUCGGUUGGAUGCGCUCCAUGGUCAGGAUCUGAUACUCGAUCUGUUGCUCAUCUACAAAAAGUAUCGGGGCAAGAAGAUGACUGUUCCAGUGCGUCGACAUCUGUACGUGCAACGCGCAUUCACAGGCAUCUUUGUGAAGGAACUAGACGAGGAUUUCUACAAUGUGACGCUACAGCAAAGUCUUUUGGGCAGCCUCUUCCAGAACAGCAUGGCACGCCUGAGCAGUCAUUUCACCAUGGCCAGUAAUCUGUUGACACCGCCGCCGGAUAAGAUUGUAUUUGUGCUGCCCAUUGCCGGUCGUCUGGCGACCUUUGAGCGCUUUCUGCUCACCUAUGAACGCAUCUGCAUCGAUGCCUCACAGCACUGUGAUCUACUUGUGGUCAUAUUUGGUCCACUGGAACAGUUGACUGAACAUCUGAAGCUGCUGACCGAUUUGCGAUCUCGUCACAUUUACAAGCAGAUCAACUAUAUACAACGCAGUGGAGAAUUCUCCCGCGGCGUUGCAUUGGACAUUGCCGCACGCUCAUCCUAUAUACAGGAGCAGGACAUCAUAUUGUUCAUUGACGUGGACAUGGUAUUUGGCGUGGAAACGCUACAGCGUGUGAGAAUGCACACGCAACGUGGACGGCAGGUAUAUCUGCCCAUUGUGUUCAGCCAGUAUGAUCCAAAGCGUCGUGAAGCUGGCAGUUCCACUGAGUCGCUUCCUAUUGAUGAUGAGAACGGAUACUUCAGGCAGUUUGGAUUUGGCAUUUGUGCCAUUUACAAGUCGGACAUACUGGACGAGGACAUUAAUGGCUUUGACAAGGACAUUACUGGCUGGGGUCUGGAGGAUGUCAAGUUUCUGGAGAAGAUUGUGCGCGUCGGCACACGCCAACGUGGCUUCCUGGUGAACACUGCCGAGGUACCGCUUGAUUAUAACGAGGCUGCAGAACAGUGGCGACGUCUAACCGUGUUUCGUGCUCCAGAUCCCACGCUGGUGCACAUCUACCACGACAUUAGCUGUGAUGUCCAGCUAGAUGCACCCCAAUACAACAUGUGUUUGGGCACCAAAGCCAAUUCUCUGGGCAGCACACGUCUGAUGGAGCAGCUCUUCUUCAAUAAUCAAAAGAACGUCGAGUUCAUUGCCGACUUUAAUCGCCAAAGGCAGCAAACAAGAUGAGAUGCCCCAAAUCCUGGCAUGUUUCACUUUAGUAUUAUGUUAACUGUUUCCUAUCUGUGUGUAUGCGAGAAUGUGCAAAUGUGCAAGUGUGAGUGUGUGUGUGUGUGUGCGUGAAUGGACUCAUAUCCAGAAAAAAUGCCAAA